GCGUUAUUAUGGGUGGCGGACAGGCCCAGCCCAGCAGACGCUGCACAGAUUCCGUACACGCCUUCUUCACCCCCUCAGUUCUGGGUCCUUAUUCACUCCAGCUAGACUCAAACUGCUAACUGACAAGGAUUUUCAAUGGCGACAGUCUCCGCUACAAACUUUGUGCUUCUUUUUCUGUUGUCUUAUUUCCUGUCUGCAUCGCCUGCCUCUCAAGAUGACCUUACAAUCAGUACUAAGCAUGGAGUGAUUAAGGGGAAGUUGCUCUCAGUGUCGGGCGGUGAUGUUAGAGCAUUUCUUGGAAUUCCUUAUGGAAAACCUCCUCUGGGUAAACUGCGAUUCAGAGCUCCAGAGCCAGUAGAGGCAUGGCAAGGGGUGAGGGAUGCCAUCAAAUUUCCAAAUUGCUGCUACCAGAUGCCUGAUACACUUUAUCCAGGAUUCCAAGGUGCAGAGAUGUGGAACCCAAACACUCCUCAGAGUGAAGACUGUCUGUACCUAAAUGUCUGGUCCCCUCGUUUCAACAAAAGCCAGCCUCUCACUCCUGUUCCUGUCCUUGUCUGGAUCUACGGAGGCGGGUUCUCUGUAGGAACGUCCUCUCUUGACAUUUAUGAUGGUCGCUUCUUGAGUCAUUCUGAAGGUGUUGUUGUGGUAUCAAUGAAUUACAGACUCGGACCUUUGGGUUUUCUGUCUCUUCCUGACAACAAGAACGUCCGUGGAAACGCAGCCCUGCUGGACCAGCGCUUAGCCCUCCAAUGGGUAGCCAAUAAUAUUGCUGCUUUUGGAGGUGAUCCUUCAAAGGUGACUUUGUUUGGAGAGAGCGCUGGAUCGGCAUCUGUGGGCUUCCACCUGCUCUCACCAGGCAGCCAUGGUCUCUUUAAAAGGGCUGUGAUGCAAAGUGGUUCUCCAAAUGCACCCUGGGCCACAGUUAGCCAGGCUGCGGCCUGGAGCAGGUCCAAGAAGCUGGCAGCUUUACUAGGGUGUCCCACAUCUGAUCCAGCUAAUCUGGAAGCCUGUCUGCAGCAGGCUGAUCCUCAGAAAAUUACAGCGAGGCAAUUUGAUGUUCUCGAGCAGACUACACUCUUAGGCAUGGCUUUUGCCCCCGUUGUUGAUGGGGACUUCCUUCCAGAUGAUGUCGAAUUGCUGCUGAGUACUGGUAACCUCCCAAAGAAAGAGUUGAUGUUAGGCUUAAAUAAGGACGAAGGGACCUACUUUUUAAUGUAUGGAGCGCCUGGAUUUAACAUCACUGGUGAGAGUCUCAUCACCAGGAAUGAGUACCUGAAAGGAGUGGACCUUACAAUGGCUGAUGUCGAAGAUGUCACAAAAGAAACAACCAUUUUCGAGUAUACUGAUUGGACAGAUGAGAACAACAGGAUAAAAAAUCGUGACUUACUGAGUAAGCUGGUUGGAGAUCAACUGUUCUUUUGUCCUGUGCUAGAGUUUGCUUACAGGUACUCACAACAUGGUGGUAAGACCUUCCUUUAUCUUUUUGACCACCGUUCAUCUGUCAAUCUUUGGCCAGAGUGGAUGGGCGUCAUGCACGCCUAUGAGAUAGAAUUUGUCUUUGGAUUGCCUCUGGAUGCAACCCUGGGGUACACAAAGAAUGAAGUGAACAUGACCAAGAAGUUCAUGAAACACUGGGCCAACUUUGCCCGAACAGGGAAUCCAGGCACUGAUGGAGCUAAAUGGCCUGUGUUCAUCCCUGAACAGCAAGAGUAUGUCACUCUGAACUACAACCAUCCAGAACAAAAGAGGAUGAUGAGAGCUAAAGAGUGUCACCUCUGGAACAAAUUAAUUCCUAAAAUCGAGAAAGUAUCAGAUGAUCUGCAGAUUUGUGCUAACAAAAAUGGAAUAACACUCCACUCUAACUACAUGUUCCUGCUCAUUCUAUUGGCUGUAACUUUAAUCUUCUAAAGGAGUGAAGAAGCCUCCCUGGGCUGUACUGUUUCAUACAGCCUGCAACAGUUUACAAAGAACAGUAGACAGACAGAAUGAACAAAACUUUGUCUUUACCACUAUGGUAAACAUUUUAUGAAUGCAAGUCAAAUAAACUGAUUUUUACUAUAUUAAGUGUGCAGUUUAUAUAAAAAGGAAGAAAUGCUCCAAAUUACAUUACACUAAAAUUACAUUAUCUGUAUCAAUUGACAGGAUAAAAUAAUUUUAUGCUUUAUCAUGAACCUUUGUUGCAACUGUUGCUACCGUGACCAGCAUUCGUGAUGAUUGUUUCAAAUUCAGAGAUGUAGCUGCGAACAUGUCAGCAUGUCUUUUUACUAUCUUUCUUUUUUCUUACAUGUGUUGAUACUGUACACUAUACAACCAAGCCAAAUGGUGCUUCUGAGAUUUUUCACUUGUGCUUACAUGUUAAGCCUUUCUUUCAAAUGUGUAUAUAUGGUGAUUAUAAAGUGAAUGCAGACUAAUAAAAAUGUUUGAGUGGAUUCAUAUUGGACAAAACAGAGAUUAGUUUGUAAUGUAUGACUUCAAACUGUCAGAUUUUGGGAUCUGAAACUGAUUUUCAGCCUGCAGGAAAUGCUGACACCUGCCAACAAGGAAUGCCCUGGGUAUGUAUUCAUGUACUGAUCAGCAAAAACCAUAUAAUGAUGACCCAAGAUAUGACUACAAAGUUGAUAUAAACUGUGGCAUUCUUUAAAUCAGGAAGAUGUAUUUUUUGCUCUAUGUCAACUGACACACGUUUGGUUAAACACACAACCACAAAAAUGUUUCUGCUUCAUCCAUGUUGUACAGAGAGUUGUACAGCAUUAUUCCUAGUUUGAAAAUUUAAAAUUAGAUAAAAAAAAAAUCAAUAAUCAAGAAAUUUUAACAGGUGUAUAAUUAGCAGCUUGUUUGAAUUUAAAUGUUCUUUUCACUUUUUGCAUCAUCCUGCACAAGAAAACACUUUUUCUAAGUGCAAUAUGGCCAGUCAGCCCUGCGUUACAUGUGAUAUUGAACAACAAAAAGAUUUUUGUACACAUAUGAUCUGUAGUGUUAUUGUGAACAAUCUGACAGCUGCCAUUAGUACUUGCUGAAUGUAUUUAUUCUUGUCACUGGAAGUGUUUCACAGUUUAGCCUGCUAUGUUGUUGUUCUUCACUCUGUCACUGAAGACAGUAAUGUGAUAAUAAACAGUGUCGCUGAGCGAAGGUCGGUGUUGAUACAAAAAGCUAAUGAGAUGUUGGAGGGAAUGAACUGUUUUAGUUGAAUGACCUUGAAUCUGGUGCAACAAAGAUUGUGUGUGCCUAUGAA